ACCGAACCGUCCUGUGGCGGUCACACCUCACACUGGGGAGCAGCGCGCCAUUACCACCACAUCCUCCUCCACGUCUAACACGACCACCACAAUGGGUGAAAAUUACGAGUUCCGCGAGUGCAAGCGCUCCCGUACGGACAAAUACACGGCUGCCACAGAAUCCCAAGGCGAGUGGUUCAUAGGCAGCAUCGAUCAAGGCACAACCUCUUCUCGCUUCAUCAUCUUCGACAGCGAAGCGGAACCAGUCGCAAGUCACCAAAUCGAGUUCGAUAACCACUACCCGGAGUCAGGAUGGCACGAACACGACCCCAUGGAUCUCGUCGGAUCCGUUGAAGAAUGUAUAGAAAAGGCGAUGGAGCAGUUCAUCUCCAAAGGCUACUCCAAAUCCCAGAUCAAAGCCAUCGGCCUCACAAAUCAAAGAGAAACAAUUGUGGUCUGGGACAAGUACACGGGCGAGCCGCUUUGCAAUGCCGUCGUGUGGCCCGACACUCGCACGAGUAACAUCGUCCGCGAGCUCAAGGCUCGUCCCCACUCCGACAAGCUUCUCGACAUGUGCGGUCUACCCCUCAGCACAUAUCCCUCGAGCGUGAAGCUCCUCUGGCUGAUCCGCAACAAUGAAGCCGUGGGUCAGGCUUAUGCCGAAGGACGGCUGGCUUUUGGCACCGUUGACACCUGGCUGAUUUACCAACUCAACGGCAAGGAGAAGAACAUCCACGUCACAGACAGCACCAACGCCAGCCGGACCAUGUUCAUGAACCUGCGGACGCUGAAAUACGACGACGAGCUCCUGGACUUUUUUGGCAUUGACCCCCGGAAGGUCGCCCUCCCCAAGAUCGUGCCUUCAAGUUGCUCUGAAGCCUACGGUACUUUGGGCCGUGGUGCUCUAGCUGGUGUCAGGAUUGCGGGCUGCUUGGGCGACCAGUCUAGUGCGCUGGUCGGGCAGUGUGGCUUCAGCGCUGGUCAGGCCAAAAAUACCUAUGGCACAGGGUGUUUCCUGCUGUACAACGUCGGAACUAAGCCCGUCAUCUCCCAGUACGGUCUGUUGGCUACUAUUGCAUAUGAUUUCGGUCCGGGUACCGAGCCGGUGUACGCACUGGAAGGCAGUAUUGCGGUCGCUGGAUCGGGUGUCAAGUUCUUGAUGAACAACUUGGGGUUUGAGCGCGACUCAACCAGGGUCACCGCACUGGCCGAGAGCGUUAAGGACAACGGUGGAGUGUAUUUUGUCACCGCCUUCAGCGGUCUCUUCGCCCCUUACUGGAUCGACGAUGCGAAGGGCACAUUGUUCGGUUUGACACAACACACCAACAGGGGCCACAUCGCGCGCGCAACCCUCGAAGCUACAUGCUUCCAAACGCGCGCAAUUCUUGAUGCCAUGGCCAAGGACUCAGGCCACAGUCUCGAGUCCCUGGCGGUGGAUGGCGGCAUGUCCAACUCUGACCUCACCAUGCAAACACAGGCCGACCUCACCAAUAUCAUGGUGGAGAGGCCCGCCAUGCGCGAAACAACAGCGCUCGGCGCCGCUAUCGCGGCCGGCCUGGCCAUCGACGACGGCGGCUGGAACAGCUUAGACGAGAUAUCCUCCAUGAUGCGGAAAAAGAAAGGCAGGUGCACCUUCGAGCCGCAAAUGGACAAGAAGACGGUCGCCAGAAUGUACACGUGUUGGGAGAGAGCCGUGGAGAUGAGUCGUGGAUGGGUGACUCAGGAACAUCACGACGAGGAAGAGGAGGCGGAACUGUCCAAGCUUGUUCGAGAGGACAGUGCCAUCGAACUCGGUCAAAAAGACGAGGAGUCGGCUAAGGUGGUGUAAUGUCGGAGAAGGUGCGUGCCGUCGACUCGGCUGAACAUACACGUACAUAUAUCGCGGGCUGGAAAGAUAUCCCCCCGCCCCUAUGCUAGAGUAGGAGUACUUCGUGUAUUAGUAGGCAUUAAUGGAACUGCAUACUAAUACCUUACUUUAAUCUACCGAAUCAUUUGGUGUGCACAUGUGGCCAAGAUGCUCAACACACACCCCUCCGACGUCGACGUAUCGAGUAACAGCCCACUGUAGACAUUCGAUACAUUCAACUAGUAAGUAGUAUGUAAAGAAAUACUGAAAGGCUCACCUCAGUUUUAGUCAAUGUGGCGAAGUACCCCCCCGAGUUGUCGGCACA